AUGCUGCUGAGGGGAGCGAUCUGCCUGUUGCUCCUGGUGGCCUUGACCCUGACCGGCGGCCGGUGCAGCACGCGAUACUUCGUCAAGAUGAGGACGAACGCGUCCGAUCUGUUCAGAACGAGGGGGGACAAUUCGAGGAUGCUGGAGGACUCGGACACCAGCCCGUCCCACUACCAGUCGAGGACCAGUAACUACCAAUCCGAGGAAGAUGAGAGAAGAACGAAGGACGCGAAGCCCGAGAACGAACAGAAGAACCAGUUCGAGACGUCCACGUUCAAUCCGGACGUGCUGAACAAGUUCCUUGAAGAGUACGCGAAUAAAAUUAAGGGCAGCACUGAGAAGUACCCUAGAUUCCCGUUCAGGAUCGUGAAGCCUGCCGAACCCUUGCUGCUCGAACUGGAUGACCCGACCACGCACACAACCAGCGUUAGCUACAACCACGAGACCAAAUUCGAAGUUAACGUGGAGAACACCACUGCUGCUGAGGACUCGCUGAGCGAAGCUUUGAACGAUACCCUGAAAAGGAACAAAUACUACGGCGCGAAUUCAUACGAAGACAGAAACGGCUGGGUCACUCUAGAAGCGAUCCCGUGGUCCAAGAGUAAAAUUUCGAAAUGGCAAGCGACUGCCACCACUCAACGACCCUGGCCGGAAGUGAAGCCAUGGGAGAAGCCUAGCAUGGGAAAGCCUUGGGCCUCUGACUACUCUGUCAGGCCGAUUUACGAAAAUAAUAAGCCAUGGUACCUAGAGAAGCCGAAGCCGACUUGGCUGGAAACAACUAACGAAAAGCCGUGGCAGAAGCCGACCGCCCGUCCGCCAUAUUACCCGGACAAGAACGACGAGAACCAAGCGCAAAAAUGGCCGCCGGAGCGGCCGUCUUGGAACAAGUACACCGAUCGGCCGAACAGCGACAUAAUCACCGACAAUCGUCCAGCGAACUUUCCCAACAAUUGGAACAGGCCGCCGCCGACCAAGCCCAGCUACCAGUUCCUAGAUCGUUACCCCGACAAGAAUCAAGCGGAAGAGAGCAACGACUGGCACGAUUACCCGAAUCGCUACGACGACCGUCCUAGACCGACCACCGACCGACCUGGCUUCUCCCAUUACGACUACGUGAACAAUCAUCCGCAAAGCUAUCCUGGAAAUGGCGACGGUCAAUGGGUCCUAUUAUCCACUAACAGAGGUUACUCGAAGUCCAGGCAAAGAUCAAUCAAGAUCGACUCGCCACCCACUGCAAACGUGACUAUGGUCGCCGGAGUGAAAAAGGAGGAUCACGAUCCUGCUAUUGCAGUGAUGACUUCCAAGAGACAGGUCAGGCUGACGGUGUUACCGUCAAUCAACGGUACGAACACUACUACGUCGCACGGAGGUCUGCUGGAGGUGGAGAAGACGUUCAAGAGCGUAGAUCAAAGUCGGAGGGAGUACGAAUUGGAGCAACAGUCGCUGCUGCCCGCCAUUUUGAAGAAGAGACCAAUCAGGAACACGCUCGGCAGCCAGCCGUCUAACUCCGCCGUUUUGGCGGCCGUCGGCGCAGGAAUAUUACCAGCAACAAUGGCGAUGAUGAUACCAAUGAUACUUGGCCGUCGGAGGAGGGACGUAACACCUUCUGACCCGGGUCUGUUCGCCGCGGGUCGUGACUCAGUCAUAAAUAUUCGCGUUCCUACGAAUAAACGAGCCCACGGAACGAGGCUGAGAUAGGGAAUGCGAAUUAACGAGGAAGGAGAAAGUCUUUGAUAAUAGAAGAGGAGAUUAGAAAAUGAACGAUCUCAGUGUUUCAGCGAUGAUUACGAAGCCCAUAAUAGAAUCUAUCGCUAUCAAUUAAUUCUACCUGAGAAAUGGGACAUCGGUAGGCACGCUUAAAAUCCGGCUUUCAAUUAGCGAAAUUUGCAUUGCCGAUUAGAACAUGAAUCUCUGAUUGAACGGGACAGUUCUCUUGAAAGCGAGAAGAUUUUCGAGGAGAGACUGGUCCCGUUUGAAGAUCAUUGAUCCGAACUUUAAAAGUGAAACUAUCUUGACGGAAAAGAAAUCACUUUGGAUUUCAUCAGUCGAUUCAUCGUCUCGAGGAUGGUCACUCAUUAAUCUUAAAAAAUUCACGAUCAACUUUAUACAAAUAUUCUACUAUAGGAACCGGGAGGAAAUCCAUUAUUUCUAGUCUCUACAGAAAACUUUACCGAUUCUUGUGAAUUUUUAAACAUUAAUUCAAAAUAUAAUUCCCUUCUUCUCUUACCACAUUUCUCCGUGUAACGAUUAAUUUUUCAAAAUUUUAGAUUAAUAUUAAAGUAUUUGUACAGAGUUGUAAAGCUUUCGGUUGAGACUAGAAAUGGAUUUCAUUCCGGUCGCUCUAAUAUCACACAGUGUCAAAAUACAUAGGUUAACGUUUAAGAAACGAACGCGUCGUUUACAGAUAUUUUCUUUAACGAGAAGCGGAGGCGUGACACAGAAACGUCGUUCCUCAUUCCCGGAUAGAUUUAAGUUAACGUUUGUUACUCGUCACGACUCGUUAAUGUUAAUACUUGAUUAUUUAUUUAGCGAAUUGCUGGAGGAGAUGGGAACGAAUGUAUAAAUAACUUCUUCUUUAUAACAUAUCUAGGGAUACGUGUAUCUUACCGGGUAUCAUGUAGAAGCACACCAUAUUUAUUUAUUUAUUUAAUAUAUUUAUUUAUAACAUACUUUACAAUGUCUCGUCGUAUAUUUCGUCGUUCGCUUAAAUACUUAAUAAAAAAAAGAAGGUAUGAGUACCAGAACAAAGAAAUCAAUUGUCGGUGGCGGACAAAUCCCGCGUCGUAAUAAAAUAGAACUUUUCGCCAGAAGUUUUUCAAAAACCCCAUCCGGGCGACCAUUGUCUCGAAAAAGCUUGCGUAGAAUGCAACCCGACGCGUCCGACGCAAAAUAGAUCGUGUCGGUGUCGCAUUCCAUGCGAGAAAUCCUAUUCCCUAAUAUCCGUUUUAAAGCUACUCGUUUUCAUUCUCGUCAAGGAACGUUCGUUUUCUAUUCGAUGAUUCUGUAUUAACCCUUUGCGGUCGAACGCCGCCGUAAUGACGACUUCGAGCUUAUA